GGAAAGUGUUAAGUGUUUGAGGUUGCAAUUGAACUCGGGUCCCCCGGCCUUCGGGGCUGGGGCUCCAUCCACUGCGGCUGGCCCAGCAAGAACUUUUAAAGCCCUCCCUGUGUGAGAAGAGAAGGUGGGACUGAGGAUCCCAGGGAUUCGCUCAAUUCCUGCCCUUUUGAAGGGGGAGGGGGAGUGCGGCAUCCCAGUGGGUCCAGGCCCAGUUCGGGCGCCCGUCCGUGGGCUAAGUGCCGAGGCCGGCUCGGUGGCUGCCCCGGGGACCAGCAACACCCGGCGCGAUGGCGAUCGGCCUCAUUAUCUUUGUUAUGGUUAUUUGGAACGGGCUGACGGCCUCACAAGCAGCCUCCCUCCCCCGGGGACGUGCGCGCCCCACCUUAACCAACACCCGGGCUGGGAGGGAGGCCUGGGAGCGGGGCAGGCGCUGGCCCCGGGCUCCCCCCUCCCCGGCUCCCUCCUGCCCUCGGGGAGUCACCCCCCUUCUCCCCCCGGCUGGGGGCUGGGGAGCUGACUCAGAGCUGUCUGUCUCGGAUCUGCCCUCAGCACCUUGAGCCUUGGAAGGGAGAGUUCAGUUUCCUCCGAGACUCACUCUCCAGGAUGUCAGGCCCAGUGAGUCACGGCCCGAGUCUCCUCCCGGGGGGCCUUGACCGGGGGACCGAAAGUAAAGGAGGCAGGAAUCCCGAGGAACUGGUCAGAUGGAGGCCCGGGUGGAAAGCCCGCCUCCUCCUCCUCCCUCCCCUCGCCACACCCUCAAGCCUUAUAACUGCCAACAUCUGGCGGGAAGGGAAGCUUCACCUGUCGCACCUGCCGGAGCCAGAGCCGCAGCCAGAGCCGCAGCCAGAGCCGGAGCCAGAGCCAGAGCCAGAGCCGCAGCCAGAGCCGGAGCCGCAGCCAGAGCUUCCCUCCGUGUGGGAGCCUCAGAGCCUUCCCUCCGGGAGCCUCAGCUCGGAGAGCCGGAGCCCCUCCGCCCCCGGCCUUCCCUCCGUGAGCCCGCCGAGCCGUGGGCCCCGAGCCCCUCCGCCGCGCUCCCCCGCUCGCCGCUCCCUCUCGGGCCGAGAGGAUGGGCUCCAUGGGGCUCCAGGUGAUGGGCAUCGCCCUGGCCGUGCUGGGCUGGCUGGCCUCCAUGCUGGCCUGCGCGCUGCCCAUGUGGCGGGUGACGGCCUUCAUCGGCAGCAACAUCGUGACGGCGCAGACCAUCUGGGAGGGGCUCUGGAUGAGCUGCGUGGUCCAGAGCACGGGCCAGAUGCAGUGCAAGAUGUACGACUCGCUGCUGGCGCUGCCCCAGGACCUGCAGGCCGCCCGGGCCCUGGUCAUCAUCUGCAUCAUCGUGGCGGCCCUCGGCGUGCUCCUGGCGCUGGUGGGGGGCAAGUGCACCAACUGCGUGGAGGACGAGACGUCCAAGGCCAAAACCAUGAUCGUGGCCGGCGUGGUCUUCAUCCUGGCCGGCCUCCUCAUCAUCAUCCCCACCUCGUGGACGGCCCACAACGUCAUCCGGGACUUCUACAACCCGCUGGUGGCCUCCGGGCAGAAGCGGGAGAUGGGCGCCUCCUUGUACAUCGGCUGGGCCGCCUCGGGCCUGCUCCUGCUGGGAGGGGCUCUGCUCUGCUGCAACUGCCCCCCUCGGAGCGAGAAGCCCUACUCCGCCAAGUACACGGCGGCCCGCUCUGCCCCGACCAGCAACUACGUGUAGGAAGCGCCGGGGGACACUGGACUGAAGGGGGGGCGGGGCCGGAGAGGUCGCCCUCCCUCGCCCCCACCCCUUACCUGGACUCUACCUGGACGGACCGUUUCUUUUCCAUUCUCCCUGACCCCUUGGGCCUAGCAACCGGCAGAGAUGGGACGCUCUCCUGGGCAGCCGCCGGCCCAAACCCCGUGUGUCUUCCUAGGAGUGGGGGGAGGUGGGAGGGUAAGGGGGACUCGUGGGGGGGGAUGGCACCUGUUCGGGUGGGACGCCUUCUCCAGCUCCUCCCUUCUCUCCCAAAGAGAGACCUCACCUGACUCCUUCUGGGGUUCCUGGAAACCUAGGGCUUCCUCUGCAGAGAAACUCGGUGGGAUCGGGCUGGGGGGUGGGAGGGAGCCCCCGCCUUUCCGGGAAACUGGAGCUGGUCCCGCAGUUUCCCAGAAAGAGAAAGAGGAAGAGCUGCCGGUGGAGUUGGCUGAGGCGCCAUUCUCCUGCCUGGGGGCUCCUGGAAGAGAAGAGAUGGAGCUGCUGAUCUGGCUGAGCUGGCUCAGUCUUUGGCCAGGGGUUCUUUAUCCAUGCCCGCUGGCUCCCUCCUGGAGCUCGUGUGCUUGUGCCUGCGCUCAGGUGGGCACUUGUCCUCCAACCUAUUCCCAAUCCCCGCUGACCCCGCCUCUCCCCCCUUCUCCCUUUCGUGUUGCACUUUCUCUAGGAGUAGUUGGGUCUCUGAGGAAGCCAGGAGCCCACCCACUCACUCAGCCCGGCAGCUCUCCCAGGAUCUUGGAGAGGCAGGGAAUGAUGGAAGGUGGCCCAGCCCCUUCCCCCAUCUAGUGACAGGAGCCUCAAAGCGGGCCAACUGGUUUAGGGUGGGAGGGUUGACAGAGGGACAAACUGGUUUGGGAUGUGGGUGAGGGAGGCAGGCAGGUGAAUGGCUCCGGUUGUCUCCUCCCUGCUCUCUCCUGUUUUCGUUUGCAAAGUUCUCAGGACAAACAAAUGGGGAGAGGGGCUUUCCAGAAUCUCUGAUCUCCCUCAACCUUCCUCUCCACCUCAGGACAACUCAGCUGUAGAACCUGGGGGGGGGGGCAGGGCCAGGCAGAAGAUGGAGAAGAUGGUCUCAAGGAGCCAAGAUUUGGCCCUACCAAAGAAUUUGGGUGGGUUGGGGAGGAGUGAGUGCAGAUGAAGGGGCAUUUCUCUGUUUCCCCUUCCCCCCAUGGUUUGGGGCAGCCUUCCUGCCUAGGAUGAUAUUUCUGUUUUGUAAUUAAAAAUAAAACCAUAAAUUGUAAUUAUUAUUUUCUACAAUAAAGUGGUCUUGUACAUGGAA